AUGUCAGGAGCGGGGGAAUCAAGCUCAGUGGCCACAGGGGUUGCUUUAGUAGAUGCGCAUACCGAAGUUGCGGAUAACGGAGUUCAAGAACGAUGGUUCACAUUCCAGUUCACAUGGGCUGGCAAGCCCUUCGAGCUCGAGAUCGCGGAGUCUGAUCGAAUAUACGAUCUGAAGGGCUCUCUGUACAGCUUGACGAACGUGCCGCCUGAGCGUCAGAAAAUCUUGGGUUUAGUGAAGGGCAAGCUUCCGCCAGAGCAAGAAAGGAUCGGUGAUCUGAAGCUCGUCAGCGGGAAGAAGUUUACUCUCGUUGGGACUCCCGAAGGCCACGAGAUCAAAGAUCCCUCCGAGAUCGAGUUCUUGCCUGACGUGGUCAACGAUCUCGACAUCGACUUCUAUGCCGACCCUGCCGCAGCGGAUACCUACAAGAACGACCAGCGCAAUGUCCGCAAGAUCAAGGAAAUGACUAAGAAGCUGAAGUUGAACAUCAUCCAUCCUCCACGACCCGGAAAGCGGCUCCUCGUGCUAGAUAUCGACUACACUAUUUUGGAUACAAAACCGUUGACCUCGGGUGCACUCCCUCCGACGGAAUGCAUUCGGCCAGGCCUGCACGAAUUCUUGGAAGCCGUCUACCCGUUCUAUGACAUCGUUGUAUGGUCCCAAACCAGCUGGAUAUGGCUCGAGACCAAACUCGUGGAAAUAGGCAUGCUUGGGGACGAGCGACGAAAUUACAAGAUCUCUUUCGUGCUGGACAAGACGUGCAUGUUCACCGUCUUCUCGAAACGGCACGGCAAGAACGUCUCCCAUCAGGUCAAGGCGCUCAAGAUUAUCUGGAACCACUUUCCUCAAUUUAACGCGAAGAACACAAUACACAUCGAUGACCUGGGUCGAAACUUCGCUCUGAACCCUCGGGAGGGCCUCAAGAUAUCAGCGUUCAAGAACGCGCACACCGAACAGGCCCGGAACGACCGUGAGCUCGCGAAGCUCUCCCGAUACCUCGUGCACAUCGCGUCCAUGGACGACUUCGAGGCGAUCGACCACAAACAAUGGCAUAACGUCGUCCGGGGGAUGCCACCUCGGUGA